AUGGUUUCUACAAUAUUAGCCCAAGGUUGUCACAUCGUACCCGUUGGGUCACACAGGAGCGUUUUGACAGAUUUUGAGUGGAGAUUUUCGUUUUCUAUAGCUGAGUUAAUGCUUGCCCGAUCGUUGUCAGAGAAACAAAAGCUGGCUUAUUCAAUUUUAAAGGCGUUAAUCAAGAAUGAAAUGAAGCUACGUGGGCUGGACGUGUUCUCUUCGUACCAUCUCAAAACAAGUUUAUUUUGGUUUCUCGAGGAUAAAGGAACUGAGUCCUGGGGCAAGGACAGCUUAGCCAAAAAUAUUUUCAAUCUCCUGGCCCCGGUUGUUCAAACGUUGGAUAGCCCUAUCCACUGGAUAAAUCACUAUCCAGUGGAUAAAUACUAGGGAAACCAAUUGCGCUAUCCACUGGAUAGACUUUUAUCCGGUGGAUAGCGCUAUCCAGCGUUUGAACAACCGGGGCCUGGACUUUAUCAUCGCAUUCUAUGCCAGAGAUUGUCUUCCAAAUUACUUUAUCUCGAAGAAUAACAUGAUAGAUCAUCGAUCUUCCAAAGAAAUUAUGGCUACAUGUCACGCUCUAAGACACAUACGUGACAAUGUAACGCAAUACCUUUGCCGAUACAUCGAAACCAAUCAAUCGCUUGCCGUUUUGUUUGAUACCCAACUUACCGUUCUCGCUCAAAGAGUCACGGAUAAUUUUGGAAAAAUUCUUCAAAAUAGUAAAUAUAAUUUCCUUGUGAUGGCUUUAGCUUAUGUUCUGAAGAAAGAAGGAAGGCUAGAUGUAAGCCACAACUGCCCAGAAGCUAAUUCUCUUGUUAACAAGGCUCAGCUUCUACAUCAAGCUUCGAUCAGUAAAGAGUCUCGUGAUAAGUUGCAUUUGCCUCUAGCUGAAGCUUCAGUUAUUCCACAGACGGAAGAAAGUCCAACACCGAGUUUAAUUCUUUCACUACUAGAAGAGUAUUUAUAUGCAGAUCAGUUAAAAGUUACUGAGAGUAGUGCUGUAGCUCUUGCAGUGUUCAAUGUAUUUUUGACUCUUCAUCCCAGGAACACAAUUGGUGACAAUGCUGUAGAAAUGAAUUCCUUAGAGAAUCAGAACUACCUCACCAACCCUUGCUUCAAGGAGUGUCUGUUCUGGGCUGGACGACUGCAUGAGACUUACAGCGAUGCAAUUUACGAUUUCGUGGUAAAGAAAUGGAAAAAUGGACCACAGUUCUACACUGAUGACGAGGAAGCAAAGAAAUUCAUGAAGCUUUUGAUGAUUAUUUUGGGGAAACCGACCAAACAGGCUAGUGCUGUGACAGGAUCUUUAGUCAAGCGGGGGAUUGAGGGUCAGAGAUUUCUGAUGAUUCGAGUCCUAGCUGAUUAUUUACUGCAUGUACAUUUGGAGUGUUCUUACAUUGCCUACCAAGCCGCUGCGUACCUCAUGGGUCGUAGCGUGCUGUCAGAAAUCUACAAUGUGAUAAAAUGGUCCGUGUGUUCACAGAGAAAAGCUCGCGCUAUUGAACUCGUACUAUUAAAACACGAAUUACAAGCAGAACUUUCCAAAGAAGAAUUUGGAAAACUUGUUGAAGUGCACCUGAAAUGA